AAAAAAAAAAUAAUAAUAGUCACGAGUAGAGAUUUAGUUGAUAAGCAAGCGAAAGAAAAGAAAAAAAAAAGUUUGGCGAGAUAGAGAGAUAGCGAGAGCGAAAGAGAGCGAGUUAGAGCGGCAUUUAAUUUAUGCAAAUGAAAAGCGCACAAAAGGCGGCAUCAACAACAUCAACAACAGCAACAGCAACAACAACAACAACGCGAAGCGACAGCAAACAAAUUCGAAAUUAAUUUGCGUUGCAUAACAAAAGAAGGGAAAAAGGCGCGGGGAGCAUAAUGUGAAGCCAAAUGGAAAGCCAAAUGAAAAUGAAAAUGAAGUGCAAAAAGUGUCAAGCAAAAAGAAUUCAAUUCAAAAUAGCAAAGCGUUAAACAAUACGAACAACUACAACAACAACAACAACAACGACAUCAACAAGAAAACAACAGAAUAACCAACGAGAAGUCUAAGGAAAGAGAUAAAAGAUAGCAACCGAAAAGGAAAGAGACAGCAAUAGCAGCGAGUGCGGGCGAAAAAGAAAAAGUGACGGUCGACGGACAUUUUGUGUGAGUGUCGCGUUUCAUUUGCGUUGCGUUCCAUUCCGUUCCAUUCCGUUUCGUUUGCGUUCCGUUUGCGUUCCGUUUCGCUCUUCGGCUGCACUUCCAAUGGCUGUCAGUUCCUUAUGAUGGAGACAUUUCUUGUCCUGGGCCUGUGUUUUAUCCUGUACGAAGCAUUGGAUUUCUUUCAAGGCUGCAUACACAGCAACACGCCCUCACCGAGCGACCAAAUCGAGGCCUAUCGCCGCGAACUCGACGAACAGCGCCAGCAGCAGCAGCAGGAACAAUUCCUGGCCGGUCUCACUCCACUGCUGGGCGCCCAAUUUGCCGCCGCAGCCGCCGCUGCCGCUGGCUCCCAAUCGACGCUCAGCAGCACCACGCCCACCGCCUCCACGGCGAGCGUCAUCAGUGAUUCGUACGAACAAGAGAACUCUCAAUCCCAAUCGCAAUCGCAAUCGCAAUCCCAAUCGCAGUCACAAUCACAGCAACCGCAUUCGUUGAGCACUCCGGGAUUGUUUCGACCCGCUGCAUUGGGUUAUUACGAUCCUGAGGAUCCGUUGCAUGCCACAUCGUCGCUGCCACGCGACUAUUACUAUCUGCAGCAGCAGCAGCUGAAGAACAAGGCCAGCUCCAAGUCGCUGCUCUCGAAGUUCUCCUCCACCAACUCCGACAAUCGCAUCCAUCCCGAGGCCGCCCACGGUGUCUUGGGUGUCCCUGCAUCGGCGGUGAUUACCACACAACCGCUGCCAGUCGCUGGGGAAUCGGUGGCUAGCUUGGGUCUCUUCGAUUGCCAGCCACAGUUGGUGCCACUGCUGCCCGGUUCGCCGCUGCUGCUCGAACUUAAGCGAGCCAUCAUCAGCACGAACAACUGCAACGGAAUUCAACAGCAACAGAAGUCGACGCACUUCAACGAGGACGAAGAACCGCUCAGCGAUAACGAUAACGAUAACGUUUGUCCGCAGUGCGAAGAGGAGGAGGACAACGACAACGACAACGACGACGAAGACGAUCUAUCCAUCUGUGGCAGCAGCUCCAACGGUUCCAGUUCGAACAACUCGUGCAACUCGCCAGCUGGUGCCGCAAAUAGCGAGCCGAAUAUUUGCGCUGCGGCUGCCGCAGUUGCACAGCAGCUGCCGCGCAUUCAUCACAUUGCCAUCGACGACAUUGGCAUCGGCGGCAUCGGUGGACAGUCAGCGUCCAGUGGCGAGGCAAGUCACAGCCUGGCCACAGCGAGUUCCAGCUCCAGUUCGCACGCCGACUUUCGGGAGAUCGAGUGCGAGCGACUGCGACGCAACCGUUUUGGUGCAACCGAAACUCAACACAACAGCUGCACACGCAUUCGCAUGGUAUCUCCUGAUUACUAGUAAGCUUACCAAUUGUUUCUAAUGGUGUGAGAUAGUUUGAUUAACGCACGUUGAGCGCCUUAGCUGUUGCCAACAAUGCGAUAGUCUGACAUGGGCGAGUUCUCAAUUCGUAGAGAUGUUUCCACAACACCUCUAACCCACUUUGGGCGCCAUAGUAAAUGUUCUACUACUACUGUGGCGCCCAACGUGAGUAACCCAUAACUAAGUUCCCCUUUUGCGAAUCGUAUGAAACUGAAGAGUGAUAUUCGAGGCUGACUGAAUCAAAUGAAGACUGAUUUGCUGACUGCUUCGACUGGUUUUACCUGAUGUUUUAAGUGGUGUGAGAUAGUUUGCUGUACGCACAUUGGCCACGCCAUAGUUGUUGCUAACGUUGUGAUAGUCUGACGUGAUUGAGUUCUCAGUUCUUAGCUAUAUUUCUACGACAUCUGUGACUCACGUUGGGCGCCAUAGAGUAUUUGGGUAAUAUGGCGCCCAACGUGGAAUCACCAAUAACUGAUUUUUUCUUUUAAAACUGAAUAGUGCAACUCGAGGCUGACUGAACCAUAUGAAGACUGAUCUGGUGACUGCUUCGUUCGACAUUUGCAUUUAAUGUCAGUCAAUGAAAUCAAAGUUGCAAAACUUGUGUAACUGAGAGAUAAUGAUAACUGUACACAUGUGGCAUGCCACUUGCAUUCAUAACUUUUGCCUCCCACCAGUUCUAGCACUGCGAACAGAACAUAUUCAGAGCUCUUCAGUACACACAGUUCACUCGUCGUUGUUUUGAGUUUUGCUUUUUCGAGAUUUCGCUCACAACAAAAUGCUAACUAGCUUGACAA